UGUUCUGAUGGGCUGCUUUCACUCAAAAACAACACUCCAUUACACACCCGGAUAUGAGGAGCCCACUGUGCUUGCUGCUGAGACACCUUUUACAGUGAGUGAAGUCGAAGCAUUAUAUGAGUUGUUCAAAAGAAUAAGCAGCUGCAUUGUUGAUGAUGGGCUCAUUCAUAAGGAAGAGUUUCAGCUAGCACUCUUCAGGAACCAAAAAAUGAAAAAUCUGUUUGCAGAUAGGAUAUUUGAUCUUUUUGAUAUUAAGCGCAAUGGAGUGAUUGAGUUUGGGGACUUUGUCCGAUCACUGGGUAUCUUCCACCCUAAUGCACCAGUAGCUGAUAAAAUGUCAUUUGCAUUCAGAUUAUAUGAUCUAAGGCACACUGGUUAUAUCGAGAGAGAAGAGUUGAAAGAGAUGGUACUGGCGCUGCUACAUGAAUCAGAAUUGGUUCUUUCAGAUGACGUAGUUGAGAUUAUUGUAGAUGAGACGUUUAGCGAUGCAGACACAAAGGGUGAUGGGAGGAUAGAUUCAGAAGAGUGGAAGGAAUUUGUUUCAAAGAAUCCGUCUCUUCUAAAGAAUAUGACACUUCCCUAUCUGAUGGAUAUAACUUUAGCAUUCCCCAGCUUUGUGGUAAGCUCUGAGGUUGAUGAUUCAGAAAUUUAGACUUGUGCGUGUAAAUACAAAUCUUUGAAGGUCAUGUUAAAUAGCCUCUUCCACGCUGGUGUUUGGAUGAUCCAAUUCAAUACAGUGCAAAGGAGUUCAAUAAUCAGAAGAAUAUCAGGUUUUAUAAUGAUUAUUGGAGAUUCACCAAACAAUAUUGAGUUCCAAAAGCCAGAGCUAUCCAAUAUAAGAAAAAGGUUAGUAUUUAAGGGGUAAAUCAUGGCUUCUUGGCUGUCUCCAUUCGCUUAGCAUUAUUCAUAGUGUUUUUGAGGAGCAAAGAGUUGGUUAAGAAGUUUCGAGUGUCUGCAAGGCUAUUAUAACCCAUGAGUGUGCGAAAACUGUUGGAUGCACCUCAUGCAUUAGGCAUUGUGCACA